AGUAGAUUUAUUUUGACGAAGGGGUUUAAAAAUGCGCGGCACGUUUUUUAUUGAUGUUAGCAUAUGUAUUUCAUUACGGACGGACACUCGACCCAUUCCCUUAUUAAAAGGAAAGGAAAAUACUCAAUCAGUGACGAAAUGGCGAGAGAGAGGAGGGAAAGUUAUGGCCUAUGAGCGGAACUGCAAUACUUGGAACAGGGAUGGAUAGAUCAAGUGCGAUAUGCUUUGAGUUUGAGCCACAGAAGUGGCGAAAAAGUAAAUGUAAGCAUUGUUUUCGAGAUAUUGAGCUUCACGUAGGUUUUUCAAGUGACGGUGAUAACUGCUAUUCAGAAUUAGACAAUAGUGGAAAUGAAAACAAAUACAAGACGACAGACACCGCAAGCAACCUUUCAAAUGAACAACGUAAAGCCGAUCUCAAGGAAGAACUAGAUCACGAGGUUUUAAAAAUCACUAAGAAGAUUAAAGCGAAGAAAAGCAACAAUGGAAAGCAAGAAGAUACGCCCGUCCUUGGUGAUUCUGCUACUGAGAAAGCCAGUGUCUACAGUGUUGGUGAAGCAGCUAAUGUGAUUGAUAUGAAUGAGCAAUCUGAAAAGGCAGACUUCCUACUUUUGUCAAGAUCUUUUGAAGAAGAAAGUCCAAGUCUCCAUAGAAAACAUAGCUUAGAGGCAGAAUGCCUGCUCACUCGUUCAUCUUGCAUGGAAUUCUCAUCAACGUCGUCGUUGGCGAGUUUUGAUGCUCUUGAGGAUAACACUCUAAGUUCGUAUUCAUACAGCGGAAGUCGAGAUAAUUUGGAUGGCUUUGCUUCAGGCGACGAACUUUGCUUUCAAGACAAGACCGUUGAGAAACCGAUUCCAAUUUUAACUGAAAAACAGCCUGCUGAUUACGAGGAGGAAAUAGAUAACCUACAAGAUAGACUCAAAUACUUAGAGAGGGACAAAGACAGAGUAACCCAAGCUUUAGAAAGGGAACUAGAAGGACUGAAGCUGCAGUUAGCUACCUAUUCAGCCAGGGAGAACAUCACAAUUGUGAAAAAUAGGCUUGAGCUUGAAGGAAAGAAUCAGGCAAUUCAAGAACUAGAAGAGGAAAAUUGUCAUUUACGCAGCGCAGUUGAGGAUCUUAGAUGCAAUCGAGAUAGUGAGGAGACGCAAUAUGAUUGGCUACAGGGAAAAAUAAAGAGGCGCAAUAAGCGCUUGCAGUGUCUUGAAGAUGAGAAGAAAACAUUGGAAGAGCGUUUGAAACUGGCUGAAGACUUACAGAAAAACGAUCGAGACCUAUUAGAUGUGCUUCGAAACCAACUGACGUCACUCGAGAGUGAUUUGUUAUCAGCAGAAGAUAAAAAUAAACAAUUAGAAGGGGAGACAAGGAAAUUAAAGUCUAUUGAAAAUGAUCUUAAGGAAGAAAGGCAGAUCUCUCACAAGGUCAAAAGACAUGUCGAGUUUUUGAAUGGGAAAUUGAAAGUAAGAGAGCAACAUGUGAGCUAUUUGGAAGAAGAUAAUGUUAGUAUGCAGCAGGAAAAGUCAGAUUUGGAAAUGAAGUUAGAGAAGGACAGAGAGAAGAUUGAACGGCUAAACAGUGUUGUCAAGGAGUUAAAAAAGGAGGUGAAAGAAUGCCACGAGGAGAUUGAGAAACUAAGUGAAGAGAAUAGCCAACUAGAACAAGCUCAUUGGCAAGUAGUCAUAAACCAAAACGAUACUUCAGGACAAUUAGAGAGUUACAUUAAAGAUCUUGAAAAAAGAGCUAGCCAGGGAGAGGGCAGAAUAAGGGAGUUAGAGGCUGAGAAUGAAUCUGUGAUAAAUCAGUCCAGUGAGCUAUUGGAGAACUUGGUAUUGUCUCAAGAGGAAGUUGAAGAGAGCAAACGACAGUUGGAUUUGAUAACUGGAAGUUACAGUCGUUUACAGUCGAUUAAAACUGACCAAGAAAAGCGAAUGAUGACAAUGCAGAGGAAACUAAAGAAGUUGCAAAAAGAAAAGAAAAAGUUUCAAAUUGAAAAGCAAGAAGCUGAUGAGAAAAUAUCUCUGCUUAAGAUGAACGACGAUAAGGUCUCGUCAAAAUGUGAUGAUUUAGAGAAAGGAUAUAAAAUGCUGCAAUUAAAGUUGAAGUCAACGGAAGCAAAAUUGACAAUGGUAGAAAGUAAUAAAAUUUAUAUCGAAACAAAACUAAAAGAGUAUGAAAAUAAGUUUAAGAUAAAUAAUAAUAAGGUAUCGAAAUUAGAUAGCAUUGUUUGUGAUUACUUGAAAAGUGUUGGCGAGUAUCAAGGUGCUGAGGCUGGUGCAGAUGUCAUAGAAACAUUUGAGGUUAAUCUAACCAAGAUCGUAGACUUAUCUGGGAAAUUAAAAUCGCAACUUAAAGAAUAUGAGGAUAGAAAUACUUCUCUACUAAGGAUGGUAGAUUUUGGGGAAAAGCGGAUUGAAAAAAUCAGCGAAUUUUUAGAAGUAACACAGAACGAGAAAGAUAUCUUGAAGUACUUGUUGGACGAAAAAAAUGAUGAUUGUCAAAGAGUUCAUGAAGCGUUCUUGACAGGCAUUGCGUCUCUAGCAAAUCAAAAUGAUUUUCUGGAAGAAAAGCUUUCAGAAAUGAGAGUAUUGGAAUCAGAAAUCAAAUCGUGCGAAGACCGUUUGGAUUCAGUUUGCAUUUACGACAUAGAAGAAACAGAGUCACAGUUUGUUCCUGGCCAGGCCUGCAAUGAUAGUGGCAUUGAGAGCUCAACCUAUCAAAAUGAACCUGCAUCUGAAAAUCAGGAUGUCAAUACCUGCACUAAUGCAGCAACUGAUGUUAGUGGUAUCUUGCCAAUAGAGAAGGAUGAUGUUGAUCAAAAAUCUUUAUCGAAUUACCAGCAGCUUAGUUGUAUGUUUAGCGAGUUUGAAAAUGAACCACUUUCCGAAACAAAUAAACCUACUGUCGAUUCAAGUUGUUGUCGUAAGACUUCUCUAGGAGCCUCUUUUUCACCUUCCAGUGAAGAUAAUUUUUUGUCCAAUCACGAGAAGGGGCUUUUUGAAUGGUGCAAGGAAAGUGGUAUACAAGAAAUGGAGCAUUAUCGGCCUGAAACUAGAGAUGGUGACAAAGCAGAUUUAUUAUCGAAUACAUAUAUUAAUGAAAAUAUUCAUGAUGCAGGGGAAAAACAGUGUUUGGAAAAAACGAAGGACUACUUUUCAAGUUCAUUUAGAGAUCCAAAUGUAUACGAGAGAGAUGAUAUUCCGGCCCAAGAACCACAUAUUGACAUCAAAAUUGAGGAGGGAAGCUGUCAAGAAAUUGAAUGUCCUCAAAUGACAAUGUCGUCUCAAGAAGAUGAAACAGAAGAGCAGUAUGUUGACAUUGAUUGUUCAGAACAGGCAAGAGAUGGAGGGAAUGUUGAGCUGAGUUGCACACUCAAAAAUGUUGAGGCCCAGAAGAAGAUGGAAAGUUCAAGGCCAUUUACCUCCAUAAAAUGUAUCUUCCAAGUGGAGACAGAUCACCGGGGGUCGCUGUUGGAUUACUCAGAAAAUCAAGUGAAGAAUGAUAUUUCCUCCGAAGGUAGGAAGGGAAACGAACAGCGUGAUUCGCACGGGUCAUACUAUUCGAUCGCUGCAUCUAAUGUUGGCUUCACUCCGCUCCAAACGGAGGUCGCACACCCCAUUCAGAAAGAGGCCGCAAAUGAAAUAAACGCCACUAAAAGGAAAGAUAGUACCCCUACAGCUCGCAGCCACAAGGCUGGUAUUGGACAACUGUAUCAAAUAUCACAAGAAGACUGCGGUGCAAUAACAUUAACGAUCCCUUCAGCAAGUCUAGAGGGAGAAGAUUUAGAAUCAGAUGCAGCUUUAAGCACAGGAAAUAGAAAUGAGGUGAAAGAUACUCUUGAAGAGUCGUGCAUCAUUUCUGAACAAUUUCACGCUGUAGAAGGUACAUAAAACCAUGAUUUUGUACGCACUGAAUAAAUGCUAUCGCAGAUGAUAUGUGAUGGUUUUUGACUCAACUUGUUUGGUUCUCGUAUGAUUUUGUAGUUUUCGUCGUAUUUGAGACGCAGUUGGUAAGAUAAAAGCAAAUAGGAGCGAUAAAAUUGUUUUGUCUGUAAAAUGAGCUUCUGUUAUUGAAACCAUACAGAAGGAUACACCUGUUCGGUGAUAUUUAGAUAUAUCGCUAAUCCUCAUGUGAUUUCUUGAGAGAGGCCAGUCCGCUAAUGCUCCAUCUCUUUUACUCGAUAUACCACUACAAAUGGUCCUCGAAUCCCUCUCUUACAUCAUUCAUUCUAUUGCAUUCCUUUUUAAUCACGUCAAUCCUCAAUAUUAAGAUUAGAAUCUUAAAAAAGUACAACAUAUCUUUUUAGAGAGGUUACGCAAAUUUAAUUAUCGUUUUUACAUAUUACAAAACUUAGCAUUUUUCACGUUCGAUUUUCAAACAUAAAAUCCAGUUUGUGCCAGCUUAACUCACAAUGCUUGGGAAAUAUGCAAGUAUUGAACUUUGGAUUGCAUUUGGAUUCAAUUGACGUAUUACAACAAGGGACCGUUGUAAAAGCUGAUGAAGAAAUCAUGUCAUGGAUGGGGUUGACUAUCUUUCAAUCUCACAUCUGAUAUUAUUUGAGGCUCCUUAUGCGUAAAUCGAGGCAAAUGUAAUAUGCUAGAUGCCUAGUCUAUGAUUAUUGAUUCAUUUGCAACAUUAUGAUAUGCUGUUUUGAAUGAAUUAAUGAUUGGUUGUUCACAAUACCACGUGUAGAGAUAGGUAAAGUUUUUAUUUUCUUUGGUUCAGCGAAGGGUCGAAAGCGAUAGGUUGGCUCACGUAAAUUAAAACUGAUUAUGUUCGCCAUUUUUGAAACCGAUAAUUAUGACCAGUGUCACAGGACCUUCCUUGAUGCUGUUUCACGUUUAUUGUUAAACAUUGCUAUUGACCUUAACGCGUGAUUACAGUUGCGCUGUCGUUGCAUGCACGUUGACGAGUAUAUUUUGUGUUGAAAUUCUGUUCAUGUUGGUCUGUAGGCUCAGCUGUAGUUUAAUGUUAGUAAUUGUAUUAGUUAUUAAUGGGUUAAAGUGGAAUUUUGAAUCAAAGUAGAAUCUCAUUUAUUAUAAUUAAUAGACAUUAUGGAUUUAAUUGACUAUAGUAGUUUAAUUUUUAAAUUUUUGUAUUGAAUUUUACACAUAGAGGCAUACACAAAAAGCGGCCUGAGCUAUUUAGAAGAAUCAGCAAAUUAUUUACAAUAAGAUAGCCAAACAAGCUAUUUGUAAGGGGAUGCGGUGAAGUAUUGUCCUUGAUCUUCAUGUCAUAUGCAAAACAGUUUAAGAAUGAGAUCAGACUUAUCCGUGUUAUAGGACAACUUACAGCUUUUUAGGAGAUUCAUAAGGUCAUAGUGACUUGAAAACGUCAGUUAACAUUGCAAAUUGAAGAGUUCCAUGAGAAAAGACUAAUUGAAACUUUCUGAUAUACAAUUUUUUGAAACUUCUUAUUACCUGUUCCUUUUGCCCUGAACAUAGAUGCCACAAGAAAGCAUCUGCAUCGUCAUGCGAACUAUGCCGUUGCCGUUCGAGGUUUCCCUUGUAACGGUUCCGGGUUUGACGUCAAUCACGUCCAUAUCUUCCGUUUUAUUUUGCUAGUUUGCAUCAGAUUUGCCCAACACUUCUAGAUACUUAAUAGAGAAUUAUCAAAGACGUUGCAAGAAUAAAUUAUUCAGUAUUAAUAUUGAAAAUUAAGAGAUUUAAUUGUAUUUUAUUUCUGAAGUAGCUUUGUAUUUAUUUCUUUUAACUAGCCUCAGUGGAUUUUUAUUUUUAUGAAUUUUCCCCAUUCAGAUGUUUAUUUGCUAUAUCACUUACCCUUUGAAAAAAUAAACAAAUUUGUACCGUGACCUUUAUAGAAAUGUUUCGCCAAUGCUUCAGCAACGAAGGUUUGACUUGGCAGCCAAUGCACUGGCUUCUGAUAUGGCAAAACUGGCUAUAAGAACGACUUUAUGGGUACUAUAUACUUUAGAAUUAACACUAUUUGUCAGAUUAGGCUUAUUGGUUAAUGGGAUUGCGCGUCUUCCUGGAAAAAGCUCACUAACCUGUUCUGCUAAGCACGAAACAUCAGAAUGGGUUUUUAAUGUCAUACAUCAACAUUAACCCGGAAAAACCUCGAAAUGGUUUGGCUAAAAUUUCUGUUGGAAAGUCAUUUUUGAAAGGGAAGAAAAGACAAGAACUUUUCUUGAUUAUUUUUGUCCGGGAUUGUCUUCUAUGUAUAACAACUACCUUGUUCAUCGACAAUGCAAAGCUUAGUUUGCCAAGCACUGCACUGACCUCUACAUUUUAGAAGAACCGCAACCAUACAUACUAUCAAAGGUUUAAUUCUUAACCUGAAUGGUCGCUGGAAGUGGCAGGCGUUCUGUGUCCUGACAUGGCUCUUCCUUUAGUGAAAUUAAAUACCAGGCAGAGAGCCAAUAUCGAAGCCAUGCAAACCUCGCCAACAUUCUCCAAAAUGAAUGGAAUAUGUUGUGCCACAAGUAUAUAUUAUUGGAUCUUUAUCUAUGUUAUUUUUACAUCCAUGUUUAGGUUAUAGAUCCCGAGUUUGCCUGAAAUUGCCGAUAACGACAAAACGAGGUGACUCUAUCAGCUACUGUCGCAAAUCUUUUAUAAACCUGCUCAUAAUGUGAAUAAAGUCUUCGUACCAGAAAUUUCUUAGGUUGUAAUUUCAUUUCUGCGAUAAUGGUAGAAUGUUAAGAUAUUUGAUGGGGAGGUUUAAAAUGAUUAGUAGCAGAUUACUUAGAUAAGUCGAAAUAUACAGUGUCGCAUGUACAUCCCUUUGCGAUAACAUUUUCUGGUUUUGAACUGCUGGUUGGAUAUAUCUCGACUUACGGAUUGCAGUUUUGGAACCGCCUCCAAAUCUUUUAAGGUCUUCAAGCAGACAAUGAUAUCUCACGCGUUGAAGUCAUUUUAGCAUUUGCAGAGUUUAAUGUAAAGCACAGCAACGUUAAGGUCGAAGAAUUAGAAAGUUACGAAUCAAAAUUAGGAAGACUUAGUAAGAUAGACUGCUGAUGAAAUCGAUGGAACAGAAAUGAAAAAUUCUAAAGAUGAAAGAGAUAAGCGUGCAUUUUCAAUUUAUGGGAUAUGAGAGAGGUGAGUGGAUGGAUGAAUGACGUCAUAGAAAUGGCUGAUUGAGAAAAAAGGAAGAAAGUGAACGAUAAAGAUAGAUUUAUGACAAAAGGAAUGAGGGCGAAAACGAUGUCAGUAAUUAAUCUAGUUUUUGUCCGAAACACCUAUUUCUGAAGAAAGUUUUAUCAUCUGAAAUAAAUUUUCUGAAAAGGAAUCAAUCUGAACAACCAUACUGAUUGGGUCCUCUAGUAUAUCUUUUCACGGACACUUUACAAUUGUAUGAUAUAUGAGAACCUGUAUCAGCCCAAAAAGCAAUAGCAAGCAUCAAACUACGAUAGCAUAAAAGCACUGAUAAAAUAGCUGUGAUUAUAUGGAGAUGGCACAGAAUUGUGGAAACAACCUCAAACGCGAGGGCUCAACAAGGGCAAUAUGAAACAAGGUGAAUAUUGAACUUUCAAACGCGUACCUCUCAGAGUAAAUAAUAAUUUUUAAUAAUAAGCUUAAAUAACGCAACAGCAUUGCAAAUCUGAAAACAGCGUUGAACAUCACACCGAGCACACGUGCAUAGAAAGGGGUAGAAGAAUAUAUAAUGAAUGUCCAUGAAUUGAGUGCCAAAUAGCAUUAAAAGAAAAUAAGAUGGAUAUAUCUUUUAGUCCUUUCUACAAAGUGUAAAUUAUGCAUAGUAGUUCCAACAGAUUACAAUAUUUGUUAAAAAAUCUUGAAAUCAGGGGUGUACUGUACGGGCCAAGCCUCCUUGUUAAUACCGAAAAGUAGCUAAUUUCUACGCUUACUUUCGAAAGGUAUUGCACCAGCCGCUAGAAAAUGGCAGUAUAGCCGCAAAAAUUUCUCAACCAAUAAAGUAUUAAAUAGCUCUAGCAAGUUAUGUAAGAUGAUAGAAAAUUUGUAAUGUAUUGUGGACAAUAAUAGGUAUUUUAUAAAAGUAUAUUGCUAAAGACUCGAUUCAAGAAUGGGCAAUUUUUUUGCUACAUAAAGCUAAUGACACCCAAGAAAGGUUUUAGUAUCAAGUACACUUUUAUAAUUCGUCUGUUUUUAUGAUAGGUUAAUUAAUCAAUUGGCUUAAGUGUUAUAUCAGCCAAUCACGGCUGAAUUCGUCAUGAUAGAGAUGCCAAAGAAGAAUCUUCAUGGAUACAUUUUGAAAAUAUUAUUUGCUAUUUGCGUGAUAUGAAAAGGCCCCGUAUGCGAAGAACAGAAUAGGUCUGAACCCUUUGAGCCUUUUCGGGUUGGACAGUAGGCCUUUUCAUAUCACGUGGGGUAUUCGAAACAUAAUUCUGCUGCGAUUAGAGAAAUGUUGAUGCCCGUUUCAUUGUUCGUUACUAAGUUCAUCCUCGAAAGUGGGAUUUCAAAAUUAAUCUUCGAACUCAUCUCUGUGCAAGCAUUUGACAAAGAAAGCUAUCUGCGAGGGAGAAACCUGCCUAAGAACCUUCGUUUUUGCGAGCCAUCUGUGCACUUCUGCAGCCAUACAGAAACAGAAAUCAUGGGAACAUGCCUUUCAGCAAAGAG